AUGUAUCGUGGUGCCCUUGCCCGGUCAGUCAGGACCGCGUCACGCAGCCAUGCCGUCUCGUUCACGGCAUUCCGACCAGCAGCCGCUCAUUUUAUCCGGUUCAAUUCUACGGCAACUCCACCAGCCUCUGAUUCAAGCUCCAAGCCUCCCAAAACACCAGAACAGCUCGCGAAGAAAGCCGCCCUUGAAAGGCAGGAUGACCUGCAAAGAGAUUGGGACGCGAAGAUCUUGACCUAUGAAGAACUCCUUCCAAGGAUCCAAAAUCCCUCACCGAAUGCAUACCUCAUCGAUGUCCGGGAACGCGAUGAAGUGAUCCAGGGCAUGAUCCCUUCCGCUGUGAACCUUCCGCUGUCCGUUCUCGCCACUGCCUUCCACCUACAUCACGAGGAAUUCAAGACGAAGUAUGGAUUCGAGAAGCCGAGGCUUAACCAAGAACUGGUGUUCUACUGCAGAAGUGGAAUGCGGAGCUCGACGGCGAGCGAUGUCGCCAAAAGAAAUGGAUACACCAACAUCCUGAACUAUAAGGGUUCAUGGCUAGAAUGGACCGAGAAGCAGAAGCAGAAACCAUCCUCUUGA